CAGCUGCAGACGCUUACACAAAAAUUACUAGUAUCAGAUUUGUUCUUCAGACACAGGAGACUUAACCCGAAAAAACUACUGGAUUUAUAAGAGGACCUUAAAUAUGUCUAUGAGGAUUUUUACCCCUUAACUUUUGAAAUUGUUUCAUCAGCUUUGCUAAACUAAGGUGGAUUUCAGGUCCCGAUCAGGUCCAAGGGCAGUAACCCCCUUACUAAAGCCCCAUCUACAUGACAGCCCCAUGCAUCAUGAGUGUGUGUGAAUGCAAUGUUUUCUACCUUCGGGGUUGGUUACUAAAGGCUCUGUUGUUGCUUGCUGCUAUGCAGCUGUCGUGUGCUGACUGCCCAAAAUCGUGUGUGUGUAAUAUCCCCAAUGAAGUGCACUGCACCUUCAAAUAUCUGACUGCAGUACCUGACCACUUCCCACCAGCUGUAGAAAGAAUUAACCUCGGGUACAAUGGUAUAACUUUCUUGAGAGAAAGUAAUUUCUUGAGGCUUGAGAAGUUGCAGCUGCUGAUGCUGCACAGCAAUACAAUAUACAGCAUUGAGGACAAGGUCUUCAAAGACCUCAGGUCUUUAAAGGUCCUGAAGAUGUCACAUAAUAAAAUACGGAAAAUUGAUAAAGAAACUUUUAAAGGGCUGAACGGUCUACUGAGACUCCACAUAGACCACAACCAAAUUGAAUUUAUCAACCCGGAAGCUUUCUAUGGCCUGACUAACUUGCAGCUGGUCCAGCUGGAGGGCAACCAACUCCAGCAGCUCCAUGCAGACACAUUCAUCACUCUGAGACAUAGCCGGGUUUUCAAAGUGUCCUCAUUGAGAACCAUUAACUUGUCAGACAAUCUUUUGAGUGCUCUGCCUGCUGAAAUUUUCCAAGGCUGCAGUCAGUUGGAGAAACUAUUCCUACACGGGAACCCCUGGAGAUGUGACUGUCAGAUGAAGUGGUUCUCAGCAUGGACACAUAAAAAUACCGGUGUGCUGAAGUGUAACCAAGACAGGCGAGGCCACCUGUGUCCUGUUUGUGAAACUCCUGCCUCUCAACUUCGCAAACCUCUAACCAUUCUCAGUUAUGAUGCCUAUACAUGUACCAAACCCUGGAUUAAAUCAUAUCUCAAGCAGAAAAAUAUAAACCUGGAGGAAGGGGACUUUAUUCCAGUUUACCCCAAGGACUUUAUUGCCCCAUUGGGAACCAUACAGAUGAACCUGACUGACCAGUUUUACAGACAAGCCAGCCUAACGUGUACUGUGCAGACACCUACUGCUUUAGAAAACCUAACACAAAAUGUAACACGGAACAAGGAAAAUAAUAUGGUAGAGCUUAGUACACUUAUCACAACAUAUUUGGUGUGUAACAUUGACCAUGAACACAUCCAACAGCUUUGGCAGAUCGUGGCCACUUACAGUGACUCUCCUAUGAGGCUCAAGAGAGAUGUAAUGCUGAAAAAUCCUGAAAUAGUCUACAGAUACAGUCAAGAAAAUGGCGGAGAGGAAGAAAUCACAACAAAUAUUAAAGCUAUUAUCAAGGCAACUCCCUCAUGGUUAAUGCAGCAAGAAUUGAGCUUCCAGCUUGACCGCACCACAACCACAUUUUCAACUUUGCAUAUUAAGUACCAGUCUGUAGUCAGUUUACAUUUUGAAGCUUUGCCCUCAAAAAAAGAUCAUUAUUCCUGGACGAUGAUCAAAAGAGACAAUCAAACCAAGACUGAGCAAACGGUGAUAACAGGUGGUGUGGUAAAGUUGAGCUGUCAAAUCCAAGGUGAACCAAAGCCUUUGAUGGAGUGGAUUUUACCAGAUGGAAGUAAGGUCCGAGCACCUUUUUACAGUGAGGACAGAAGAAUAAUAAUCUCCUCUGAUGGUGUGCUAACUCUUCGCGGUGCUGAUUCCUCUGACACCGGCCUCUAUCGAUGCAUUGCCACAAACUACAUGGAUGCAGAUGUUCUUACAUUUCGGGUAACUGUUCUUUCUCUUGACGUUGAGGAGUCUGAGAUAAAUGGUCUUCGGCUCUCAAAGUCAGUUGAUGAAAAUCUUUUAUUUGACUGUAGCUCCUCUGGGAGUCCAGCGGGUUCAGUUUCAUGGAUUCUUCCUGACCACUCAGUACUGGAGAAGUCCCAAGCAAAUAAAAUUGUGUACCCAAAUGGUACAUUGCUAAUCCAAGGCCUUACACCCAGGGAUCGAGGCUUUUAUAGGUGCCUGGUGGCUAAUCACUUAGGAAUCGACUUACUUGUGUCUCAGGUGACAUUUUCUGAGGAAAGGUUUGAAGCUGUGACAUUAUCGAAAAGUGAGGGAUCAGGAAUUGUAAUGGACACCAAGAUGCAUUCCUACUUGAAUGGUCAUUUAGUCAACCUUGUUGGGAACACAUCUGCAGAAAAAACAACUCAGGAAUUAAGGAUUACUGCCUCGGAUCAUCCCAACCAUAGACUAGCGUUACAGGGAAGGAGAAAAUCUCAAGUUCGAAUGGGACAAAGGAGGAGGGGAGCAGUUUCCAACAGAAAUAUCUGGAGUAGUAGGUUUAGUAGUAAUGCUUCCAGGAAGGUAGACCCAGAGAAAUUUGCUGAAUUCAUGAAAAAAGCUCACAGUGCAUCAACGUUAAAUAAUGUUGAUGGUAAAAAUGAAAUUCCACACAUUGGUCUUUAUACUGAGGAGGAUGUUGGUUCUGGUGCAGGCUAUGAAGAGGAGAAUAUUGUUGUUGCCACACAUAAAGUCAAACCGAACACAGAAACUAUGAAAGCAUAUAAGGUGUUAGAUUCCACACAAAUACCGCCUACAUCCACAAAGUUACCAAUUCAAUUUGAGAUGACAGGGCUACACCCAACAGAAAGAACCAGUUGGCCAUCUCCAGAGCUUGACCCUAAUUAUCUUCAACUUAGCAUGAUUGAUAAUAAAGAAGGAACUCAGAUGAGGAUUUUAGAAGAACAAACUGCACAGACCCAAACAUCCACAGAGAAAGCCCUCCCAUGGACUGCAGACCCCAAAAUUACUCCAUUAACAGAUAAUCCAGACCCAGUGGAGCUUAACCUUCCCACAGAUUCAGAAAGCCAGGUCAUAUUUACAGCAAUUACUACAGCUGAGAGGGAGAAUUACACUUUCACCCUCCAGACCACCCAGUCAAUAAAUUCCCCACAGCUGCCUGUGGGCUCCACAAUUAUCGCCCAGCAACGGAUCCAGAUUAUUCCACACAAAAGACACAAAGGAAAAGGUGGCAGAAGGACCCUUCAUGGUCGGAGAAGGUUAAUUAAACCCAACAGGAUCACUGACGUACAGUCUUUUAUCAAUCGCCUUAAACAGUCGGCUCGGAAGAAUGAUGCAACCACCACAGAUUGUAACUCUGAUGAAAAGAGGACGGGAGUGGCUGCUAAUGUCCAAACUGUUACUCAAAUGUCUUCCUUUAAUACAUUUUUGAGCAAAACAGAUAAGCCUACCUCUACACAAAAUACUACAACUUCUGCUAUUAAUUAUUACGUAACUGGAAAUGUCAUCUUCAGCCAUGCUCAUUCUGGAUCAGAGGCUGCCACGAAGUAUAUAUUUGCUGAGGUCCAAGAAACAGAUCCUACAAUCAGUCCAGUUCUUGUCACAGGGGAAAAACAAGUAAUUACUACAGCAAAAUAUACCACAAGUACAUCUAAUACUGCCGAAGGAAAGAUCCACAGGGAACACAGGGAAAAUGGAGAGAAACUGAGAAAACUAAGACCAUCUAUUUCACCAGAAACUACAGACUGGACUACAAGUGUAACUAAACCCCCUGAUGGCUUGACUUUUACCAAAGCAGCGUUACCAGGCAUUCUUUGGACUAUAAAAAACACAAACAGCAUGGAAGGCUCAUUAGAUUACUUUGGAAGUUUAAUAUCUGAAGAUUUGGGGGUUACGACACUUGGUCCAAAAUUCCACCAUACUACAAGUCCUCCUGACCAUUCUAGGACCGAGACAGCUGAAAUACCACCAGAAAUACAGAACCUUCCUUCUCCACCUACUGUUAACCAAUAUUCAGUUGAUAACCCAUAUGAAGUCUCAACGUCAGGCUCUGGAGUCUUUUCAGAUAAUCAACUUGUGAUCAGACCGAGUCUCAGUGGAAGAAGAAGACAACAAGGACGAAGAAAGAAGCCUUUUCUUGGCAGGAGGCUUCACAGGAAACCAGCAUUUUCUAAAGUAAUUUCUAAUACAUCUGUAGUUUUGAAUGCAGACCUUUCAACUGAAAACAAUGCAAUUUCUGAAACAAAACAAACAAUUUCAUUUUCCAGUAAAAUGUGUAACUUUCCAAGCCCUUGCCCUACAGCUGCAUUGACACCAAGGACCACAAAACAACCAUCUACAGCUGUUCAGACAAAACUCAACAUCAGACCCCCAAUACAGGGAAAUUAUAGUGACAUUGCAAACAAGUCACUACUUAGAGCCGAAACAACUACUAUAUUUACAGCAGAGGACAAUGAUGAUGUCAAUUCACAAGACAAAAAAGACAGUGGGAAAUCUAUCCCAGACACUUAUAAUCCGUUCAUGGACAUCAAAGCUACCACUGCCAGACCAGCUAUAAUAAAACCCAAAACAGAAUCAAUGAAAAGCAAACCGAGUAUAGUUGGGGGAAAUGCAGCAAGCUUUACUGUUUUGACACACUCAGAUGCUUUUCUCCCAUGUGAGGCUGUUGGAAACCCACGUCCAGUGAUAACAUGGAAACACUUCUCAUCCACAGGCAACACUAUUUCUAUCAAGGAAAAUAUGGGGAGGAUAAAGGUGAUGAGCAAUGGAACACUGACCAUCCAAAAUGCUAACAUUAAGGAUCGUGGCCAGUACCUCUGUCUAGCUGUGAAUGAUCAUGGAUCAGACAAACUUCUUGUCACACUCUCUGUGGUAGCCUACCCGUCACGAAUCCUUGAGCCAAAAAUGAGAGAGAUUAAAUCUCAUACGGGAGACAGAGUGGAGAUAAAAUGUAAAGCUGAAGGUAGACCUUUACCUAUGAUUUCAUGGAUUUUGGCAAACAGGACCCAAGUCAGGGGUCAUGACACGGAGAAAGGAAGAGUAUUGGUAUCUUCUGAGGGGACUCUGAUUAUAGACCAUGUGUCCAUUUAUGAUAGGGGGUAUUACAAAUGUAUUGCCAGUAAUCCUGCUGGAGCCGAUACGGCUACUGUACGACUGCAGGUGGUUGCAGCACCACCAGGUAUUGUUGAGCAAAAACAUCAGCAACUUCAAGCUUGGUUGAGCCAAGACGUGUGGCUACCUUGCACCAGCUAUGGCACUCCACAUCCCAGCAUUCAUUGGGUCCUUCAUGAUGGAUCAAUGGUCCGAUCCAAUAAACAAACAGGUGAAAAAAGGAUAUCAGUGUAUGAGAAUGGCACCCUUGUUAUAAAAGAUGUGAAUGCAGAAGAUAAUGGCAAAUAUGAAUGUAUUGCAACCAGCUCCACGGGAUCAGAGCGAAGAGUAGUAACUCUCUUGGUAGAAAAACAACAGUAUCUACCAAAAAUAGUGGAAACGUCCCAAAACUUGACAGAACUUUAUUUUGGGGAUCAGUUAAGGCUUAGCUGUUCAGCAACAGGAGACCCUAAACCAAGGAUGUUCUGGAAGCUACCCUCUAAAACUAUUAUUAACCAUUGGAGCAGAAUGGGCAGCAGAAUUCAGGUCUUGUAUAAUGGAACUCUCAUUGUCAAACAAGUGAGUGAGAAAGAUGCUGGAGAUUAUCAAUGUCUGGCACAAAGUCCAAUUGGAGAGGAUGUUCGGCUCAUGAGAGUAACAGUAUCAAUGAAACCAGCCAAAAUAGAGCCCAAGUUUGACAGAAAAAAGCAUGUUCGUUAUGGUAAUGACUUGAAAGUAGACUGUAAAGCCUAUGGAGCACCAAAGCCAGAAGUCUAUUGGGGCUUACCAGAUGGUACAGUGAUGAACAGUGGUUUGCAAGCUGAUGCUGGCAAUGGAGGAGGGCGAGCACGUCACUACACACUGUUUGAAAAUGGAACUCUGUUUUUGAACCAGGUUAGCACUUCUGAAGAGGGGGACUACAUAUGCUAUGCUGAAAACCAAGUAGGAAAGGAUGAGAUGCAUGUUCACAUUACCGUGGUAACAACUGCCCCAAGAAUACGCUCACCAAGCCAAACCUAUGCUAGGGUGAAGCCUGGAGAAAAUAUUCGCUUUGACUGUGAAGCAUUUGGGGAGCCAAAACCAAAGAUUCUUUGGAGGCUACCUAACAAUGAUGUAAUAGCAGCAUCAAACAAACGCUACCUAAUCCAUGCCAACGGUUCACUGGAUAUACGAGAUGUAAAGCUUAGUGAUACAGGGGAGUAUGUCUGCAUGGCUCGCAACCCUGGUGGAGAAAACCAAAAGGAAUAUAAAUUAGACAUAGAUGGGAAUCCACCAGUUAUUAAUGGCUACCAACAGAACAGGACAGUUGUCAAAGACAUGGCCGUGAAACAUUCCAGGAAGCUUUUAGACUGCAAGGCUGAAGGUAACCCCACACCAACUAUAACUUGGAUUAUGCCUGAUAAUAUUUUUCUUUCAGCCCCAUACUUUGGAAGCAGGAUUAAUGUACAUCUUAAUGGGACGUUAGAGAUUCGGAAUGUGCGUCCCUCUGAUACUGCGGAAUUCAUUUGUUUGGCAAAAAAUGAUCAGGGAGAUGCGGUUAUGAUAGUCCAACUGGAAGUUACCAGUGUGCUUCAAAGGCCAAUCUUCAAUAACCCCUUUAAUGAACGUCUUGUGUCACAGCCUGGAAAAACUACCAUUCUGAAUUGUUCAGCUCAUGGACAACCAACGCCUGAGAUCAUUUGGACUUUGCCUAAUGGAACACGGCUUACUAGUAGAUCCAAACACAUUACUCGUCACCAACCAAGUGAUGAUGGAACUUUAAUAAUUUAUCGCUCUCGUGAAGAAGAUUCUGGAAAGUACCGCUGUGGGGCCAGGAACUUCCUUGGUUAUAUAGAGAAACUAUUCAUUUUGAAUAUUGGGCAGAAGCCUUACAUCUUCACAAGGCCUAAAGGCAUCUUGCACACUAUUUCUGGGGAACCUCUGUAUCUUCAUUGUUUGUCUGAUGGAAAUCCCCGACCCAGAAUCUACUGGACUAUUCCUGGUGGUCACACUCUUACUCAGCCUCAGAUACUCGGCCGCUACAAUUUACUAGAGAAUGGUACCCUGGUUGUUCAUGGCACAACUGUAAAUGACAAAGGAAACUAUAUCUGUAGGGCUCGUAACAGUGCUGGCGAGGCACUGAUUACUGUCCCUGUUAUUGUCGUUGCUUACCCUCCACGUAUAACUACAGGGCCACCUCCCCAACUGAGGGCAUUAAAAGGAACACCACUAAAGCUAAACUGUGCUGCAACUGGAAUUCCAAAGCCAGAGAUAACUUGGGAACUUCCAGACCAUUCAGUACUUUCAGCAGCAGAGCUUUUGGGUAGUAAGCUGCUUCACCCUCAGGGAACAAUUGUCAUCCAGAGACCAACUUCUUCUGACUCAGGCCAAUACAAAUGCUCAGCCAAAAAUUACCUAGGUACAGACUCAAAAACAACAUAUGUUAUUGUACUCUGAGUGGAGUGGAGACAGACUGUUUUGUGUGCUAUAUCUUGUGCUAUAUCAUGCUGUAUAUCAUGGGUGAAUCCUUUGCAUCUUUAGACUUAGGAAAUAAUUAUAGAGCUCAGUUACAGCAAUAGAAUACUGCUUUUUUAAGCGCUUAGUGUACCACAAUAGAGAGUAAACCCUUCACAUGAGGUCCUGUCCUGAUUUAUAUGUACAAGUGCAGACUGCUUUUUCAUAGGAGCAUUGGAUUUUUGUUUUUUUUAAAUAAAUUUAAACCUUUGUUAAUGUUUGCUGGUAUGUACACAAAAUACUCGAGACAAUAACAGAAAAAGACAUUGUGUCCUACAAAAAUUACAUCUUUCAAAGUGUUUCAGCAAAAAUAAAUUGAAUUGUUAACUUGGCUAAUCUGUUAUUUGUUUUGUAUGGCUUCCAUAAUCAACCUCUAAAGUAUAAUAUAGAAUGUUGUGUUACAGUAACAAUAUGAAGGGGGGGGGGGCUGAAAAAACUUCAGUCAGUCUUCACUGAUUAAAAUAAACCAAUAGUUGUUCUUUAUCUUUAAUUACAUAGAAGACUCAUGGAUAACUGCAGAGACAAACUCUCUACCAUAAAACAAAAAAAAUAUAUUGUUUAAAGAGCACAAUUUCUGUAUUAGUCAUC